CAUAUCUCAGUUCCUCGAUCAUUUCUCACGCCUGCUAAUAUAUACCUAAAGAAACUCAUUUUUCCAUACCGAUAACCUGCAUUCAUAUAUACAUAACUCAUUCUUGGGAAGUGAAGUCAAAGAAACCUUCGACGAUGGAACCUGACUACUUCGGGGAUGAGCAAGACGAGAAAGACUUUGAAGCUGAAAUCCCCCUCGAUGAGGAAGAGGAAGAGGAAGCACAGAGGACUACUGUUUCUGAAAAUCUAAGCACAGAAGAGGAGCUGGAGAACGUGAAGAAGAAGCUUAAGGAGAUUGAAGAAGAGACUGGCAACCUCCGCCAAAAGAGUGCCCUAAUUGAGAAGGAAAUUGGGGGUGCUGCUGAAGGUCAUGAAAAUUCAACUGGUGCUUCUGAUGAUGGUCAGUCUGAAAAAGAGGAGGUGGAUUCCCGUUCAAUCUAUGUUGGAAAUGUGGACUAUGAAUGUACUCCUGAGGAAGUCCAGCAACAUUUCCUGUCCUGUGGUACAGUGAAUCGUGUGACAAUACUGACAGAUCAAUUUGGUCAACCCAAAGGAUUUGCUUAUGUGGAGUUUGUCGAAACUGAAGCUGUUCAAAAUGCUCUCAUGCUAAAUGAAUCGGAGUUGCAUGGUCGUCCAAUUAAGGUAAUGCGUAAGCGGACUAAUAUCCCUGGAAUGAAACAGCACAGAGGAAGGCCGUCAUUCAGGAGGGGUUUCACGCCAGGCCCACUUUCCCACCAGUCAUAUAGUUAUGGGAGGGUUCCGAGGUAUAGGCGUCCAACGCGCUAUAGUCCAUACUGACGGACGUCCCCGAAUUGAUGACAUGCUUUUUUACCGGGCCUUGAUUGAAAGAAGCAUUGACAUUUUCUGGCUCAUGGCGGUCACAAUUUUGUAUUUCUUAUGCAGGACUUCGUUUUUAGCGACUUCUAGCAGCAUGCAAUGGUAGCAGGGAAACUUCAAUUAAUAUCUGAAACAUACAUGUAGCUCGCAGGUUGUUUUGGUGUUAUGUAGGUGACAAAUUAUAGGACAACAAUAGUAUGUUGUAAUCAACUGAUAAAAAUGUUGUUUCAAGUUAGUCCGAGGUGACCUCAGGCCUCGUACUAGCAACUUUCGAGCCCUUGUUUGUACUUUGUAGGCAUUGUUCAAAUUGACUCUAUUGGAGAUGCUUUAGACUAGCUGUGGGUUAAUUCCAUAAUCCCAUUAGUGCUUUGAAGGAAAUAUUUGAAUGAUUACUCUGCAGUUAUUUCUGGUUA